UCCAACACGUGGUCGCGUUCGUGAUCUCAUCUCACCAGAUAUCGAAAUCCCACGGGAUAUCGCGUAAAUCCCUUCCCCAGAGAUAAAAAAAAGUUGUUAAAAAAAUAGAAAUAAAGGGGAAAGAGUGAGAUUAAUGAAUGAUUGGAGUAUAAAAAAUAGCUGUGGAAGGUAGUGACGGAGUGAAGGCAUCCAUUGGGUGGCGCAGUUGUGUCUCAACAGUCAAAGCCCCCAGUCCCAUUUGUACAUCACCUCAAUACCCGUAAAAUGGCGAUAGGCCAGUUGUUAUUUACCCUAAACUAACUUCCCCCAGACAAUCCAUCCGCUAAAAUAAACGGAUAAUUAGACAGCUGGGGGACACAAUCCACGAGUUAUUGAAGGUGAUUUUUUGAUGACUCGGGAGUGCAUGAGAGCCUGGGAUAAUUUAAAAACAAGAAGAUCAACGACUGUCAUCGGAUAAAUAGACGAAUGGAGGAUGAUCUUAUGGUGUUGUGUGAAUGUGAUACAACUUAAACUGUAAAGACACCUGAUUAUUGUGUUGGUUGUUAUAAUAUGGCACAGUAUUAUAAUUUGGUUGCUGAAAACGGUGUACCAAUAGUGAUUGACGAUGGACAACAAUACUGCACUGUCGAUGGAAAUAUACGAUUUGUUGUGCAGGAUCUUAAUAAUUGUGUCAAUGGGGGUACGAGAUUUGUGACGUAUACACCGGCUGUACAGAAUAGAGAUCAUAUAUGCACACAGACUGGUGAAGAGUCGCAGGGACAAAUUGAUCAGAGACAAAACGUCUACAUAAUAAACACAGAGGACCACGUUUCCUUCCCCCCACCCCUAAAGCCGACAACCUCCCCCGAGACCUCAAAUUUUCUAAUAACGGACACUAAAAACCCCAAUGACCCCCAGGUCCAGUGGGUGACAAUCUCCGAUCCUUCAAAGAUGUCGCCAAAGCCCCAGCCCCCGCAGAAGCCCCAGACGACCCCCCAAUCAACGUCAAAACGUCCCCUAAAAGCCAAGACACCCCAGCAAAUGCCAUCCCUGGUACGUCCCAAAAUUCUUCCGCCUAAGCCCUCACCCCGUUCCCCAAUUCAUCCAGAUCCCCAGAAGGCCCUAAAGUCCUUGCCACAAGCCCUGACCAAUCCAAAAGUUCCCACUCAAAUUCCCAAAAGUUCUCCCCUCCACAAACCACCCACCACCACCCCGAAAAAUGUAAUCAACAAGGGCGCUCACACCCUGGGUAACUACGCCGACAUGGGUUUUCUCUGCGAGAGAAUAAAACAUGCUAGAAGUUGCCAGGGAAAAUCCUCUCAGUCCACUCCCACCCCACCAAAACCAAUCCUCACUCCACAAAAAUCUCCACCUCCUAGACCACAACAUAAGCAGAUGGAAUCACCACCUGAGCAGAUGGAGAUCGAUGGAUCGACUCUAGAUCUUCAUAAUUCAACCGACACCGACGCUGGGUCGGAGUCGAUAGCCUAUCUGCAACAGACCAUCACAAAUCCCCAACAGACUAUUGUUCAAGAGCAGAUCAAGGGGAAUACCGCUAAGAUGCUGGUGGUUUUGCCAACGGGGGAGCAACGGUUGAUCACUUUUGACAUACCUAACGAGGAAUGCACUGUUCAGGAUUUAUUGGAGCAGGCGAACAUUCCUCCGAAUGGUGAAACCACAGUUUCCCUCGUGAAAGACCCGAUUCUCCACAUAAACUACAUCGUCGAAAGUGGCGAAGGAGGCGUAAUCUCGAUGGUAGGGGAUAAUGACACUCCUGACGACAGUAUGAAUGAAUAUGCCACCUCCGACUGUUCCCAGGGGGUGGCCAGCCCAGACGAGUCCAAUUUCUCUACCGAAGAUCGUAAAUUCGUUGACAAUCAACUGGCAGUCUGUGCCCACUGCGGCUGCUGCUCCAUGGACUUCAACAGAUGCGCCAGAUGCAAGACAAAAAUACCAGACAACCCGAAAACAGUUCCAAUGGUAAUGAGCCAGAAGAGAGAAAGUGUAAUAUCAACCGAUAGCUUUUACUCCAGAAAAAAACCCGAAGCUGUAACGAAGGACAUGAAGAAACCAAAGUUUCGGAUAACAAAGCCAACAAACUCCAAGGCGAAACCUUUCAAGGAGCCGGAAUGCCUGACCCUUUCAUCUGAUGAUGAAGAGGACAAUUCCAGCAAGAAGUCGAUGAAGAAUGACAGCCUGAAGACAUCACAUCUACUCAUCAGUAAGAACUCGAACACUGAAGAUCUGCCGUUGCUCUCCGACAAAGAGCCUAUCAUCACGAACACUUUGAAACCAUCAGAUACAUCUCUGGAUGACAGCAGCACAUUGGGCAACAUGACAAGCGUCAUCAGCACGUCAUUGUCCUGCAGAACAGUGAGAAUAGGAUCCUACAAGUACGUUCCCCGUGAGAAAGUAAUAAUGAAUUCAUCAGGUCUGAUACUCUCCGUGCCGCUCCUAGAAGACGAAAAGAAAAACGUCUCCAUUCACGUGAAAAUAUCAUCGAUUGUCAAAGUACUGAUUCAUUUUGGCAAGGCAAUGCCAGUGCUGUUCUUCUAUACAUCGACAAAAUCCGGUGAGCAAAUACGUGGUGUUCUGGGUAUGCAGGAUCCCCUUGGUGCAUAUUACGAUCCAGCAGGCAAGGAUCACACCCACAAACGUAUCACUCUCCUCCCAGAGAAGAUAUCAGAGGAGUCAAGGGUGGUUCUCAAGCAGCUUUUCAUGCAGAAUAAUCUGUGCGAGGAGUUGAAUUCGAAGGAAGCUAAUGAUAUUCUGAUGAAGGCGUCACCCAAGGACAACGUACAGAACACCAGAAGAGUGUCGACAACCGGAGGUACCAAUGGGAUUGUCGAGAAGAUCACAGUGUAUCCACCACCACCAGCUAAAGGUGGAAUAGCCCUCAAUACCGAGGACUACGCCUGUCUCGGUGAGGAUCAAUUUCUCAAUGACGCAAUUAUUGAUUUUUAUCUGAAGUAUCUCACCCUGGAGAGGCUGUCUGAUGAGGACGCAAGCAGAACUCACGUAUUCAGCUCGUAUUUCUACAAGAGAUUGACAUCGCUGACGCAAUCCGGUGACAGUGUCAAUGUGUCACCGGCUGUUAAGAGACACGCCAGGGUGCAGAAGUGGACGAAAAACGUGAAUAUAUUUGAGAAGGACUUCGUUGUAAUACCUAUCAAUGAACACGCUCACUGGUUUUUGGCGAUCAUCUGCUUCCCAGGGCUUGUCGGUGUUGUUAGUCCUCCAAAAGCACCUGUUAAGGUUGAGAAGGAUAAGAAGAGGGUGGGAGAAGGGCCUGCGAAGGGUGACAAGGUCAAAUUACAGAGUAUGACCAUUGGCAGUACGACGAUUACACCUGUUACCACAGAGGCAACAACUAUCACUAUCGAUCCUGCUGACGAUCUCAGUGAGCGUGAUGAGGCUGAGGGUGAUGAUGAGGAGCUCAUGGAGACUAGUGAUGAGGAGGGCAAGGAGGAGGAUGAUAAGGGCGAGGAGAGGGUGAAAAUUGAGGUAAAGGAGGAGGUGAAGGAAGAGCUUGAUGAGGUCCAUCAUAUUCCAUGUAUUCUGAUAUUUGACUCGCUGGCUGGACCUGGGAGGGCUAGAGUCGUUGCUACUCUCAGGGAUUAUCUCAGUUGUGAGUAUCAGGCGAAAAUGGGAAAAGAGAAGAUAUUCUCCAGGGAUACCAUCAAAGGCGCAUGUCCCAAAGUACCUCAGCAAUCAAAUUUCACCGAUUGUGGACUCUAUGUUCUGCAGUAUGUCGAGGCCUUCUUUGGGACUCCCAUUAAGGAUUACAGAUUGCCCAUAAAGACUCUGAAAAAUUGGUUUGAGGAGAUUGUUGUCACUAGGAAGAGGGAGGAUAUUUCAAAACUUGUGGUUAAAUUGAUGCUUGAGGGAAAGGGGGAUAGGAAUAUUGUACUGCCUGUUGUUCAGUUUCCAACGAUUGAGGGUAAACUCAGGCCCAGAACUGAAGCCGAGAAGAAAGAGGAGAAGAGGGUCAAGGAGGAGGAGAAGGAGAAGGAGAAGGAGGAGAAGACUACUACUACUACUUAUGUACUCGUGCCUGCUGCUGGCGUUGUCAAUUCUGAUGGAAAUGUUGAGUUGACGAUUAGUGGGGUUGAUAAGGCCAAAUUAACAGGAACUCCCCAAAUGUCAUUUCUACGAACGAAAAGAAUUCCUAGGCUGAUACGAGAAUCACCCAGCCAAACUAGUGAAGUUUCAGCUAAGAAGCACAAGGGAGACAAUGAUUCCUGUAAAUAAUUAAUAAUUAAUAAAAAAAGUAAACAUUUGUUUUCAUUACCAUUUUUUUAUAUAAAGAAGAAUCAUUUAGUCAGAGCAUUCUUAAACUUAAUGAAGGAUACAAUUGAGAAUAAGUGCGGAUGAUGAUGAUGUAUCGAGGGAAUUCGUUUUACCGAUGUAACAAAGUAUGUAGUUAGCUACUUGAUAAGUUGAAUAAAAUCAUUAAGAUCCAA